AUGAUUAUCAGCGAACUUUGGCUGCUCUUCACCGAUGAUGGGAGAAGAAGGCGGGGUAGGAGGACGUACACCCGGUACCAGACACUGGAGCUGGAGAAAGAGUUUCACACGAAUCACUACCUGACUCGCCGGCGCCGGAUAGAGAUGGCGCACCAGCUCUGUCUAACGGAGCGACAGAUCAAGAUCUGGUUCCAGAACCGACGCAUGAAGCUCAAGAAGGAGAUCCAGGCUAUCAAGGAACUGAACGAGCAAGAGAAGCAGUCGCAGGCGUCCAAGUUGGCUGCGGGGGUAGCAAACUCCGACGAGAAGCCGACGCAGCAGCCGCUGCUGGGCGCCGAGCACGGCCAGCAGGCCAGUCGAUGGGCGGCGAAACAGUCACACAUGGCGGCCCGCCCGCCAGCCGAGCACGGCCAGCAGGCCAGUCGGUGCACCGCCAACAGCGCAGCUCGACCGCCCGAGUGGUCCCAGCUGGCCGGCGAGCGGCGGACUCGUAUGCGGGUUAGUCGUUCCGGCACUGCCGCCAGCGCAGCUCGACUGCUCGAGUGGUCCCUGCUGGCCGGCGAGCGGCGGACUCGUAUGCGGCGCUACUGCUACCACCGGUCGCAGCCCAUCGCGGUCAGAGGCAAGUAG